UUAUAGAUCUUAGUCUUUCAUAUAAUCGUAUCACAUUGACCAAUGAGAAUAAAGUUAAAUAUACUUUGCCCGAUUCUCUUGAGAAGUUAGGAUUAGCCGCAUGUGAAGUGAAAGAAUUAGAGUUUCUAAGAUCCGCAAAGAAUCUUAAGGAGUUGGAUCUUUCAAAUAAUAAAAUUCAAGGAAGGAUUCCUGAUUGGACAUGGUCUAAUUGGGAAUAUUCAGUGUCAACUCUUAAUCUAUCUCACAAUAUGUUGACAAGCAUGGACUCUAUUCCUCUUCAAUCUCUAGAUACUAUUGAUUUGCGGUCCAAUUUUCUUAAAGGGUCACUACCUAUUCCAGCAAAUUGCACAAGAUACUUCUUCAUAUCAGAAAACAAUCUUAAUGGGGAAAUUCCUUCAUCUCUUUGCAAUUUGAUGUCAUUACGAAUGCUCGUUUUGGCAAAUAAUAACUUGAGGGGAGCAAUACCACAAUGUUUGGGUAACAUGAGUUACAAUCUCGUGGUUUUGGAUAUGCACCACAACAAUCUUUCAGGGACUCUUCCAACAACUUUUAGCAUUGAAUGUCCACUUAGAAGCCUCAACUUGCAUGGUAAUAAAUUACAUGGUAAAAUCCCCCGAUCUUUGGUUAAUUGCAAAAGCUUGCAAGUUCUUGAUUUAGGAGAUAAUCACCUCAUCGACACAUUCCCGAUGUGGUUGGGAGCUCUACCUGAACUGCAAGUUCUAAGCUUGAGAUCCAACAAAUUACAUGGGUCUAUUCAACCUACAAGGAUUGAAAGUAUGUUUCCCGAGCUUCGAAUAAUCGAUCUCUCACACAAUGUCUUCUCCGGAAACUUACCUACAAGUCUAUUUCAACAUCUGAAAGCCAUGAGGACAAUUGAUCCAUUGAUGAAGGCACCGAGUAAUCUAGAUGGAUAUUACCAAGACUCAGUAGUUGUAGUAACAAAGGGAUUGGAGCUUGAAGUUGUGAGAAUCUUGUUUUUGUACACCACUAUCGAUCUUUCUAGCAACAAAUUUGAUGGACAUAUUCCUAGUGUUCUAGGGGAUCUCAUUGCGCUUCGGGUGAUGAAUUUGUCUCAUAAUGGAUUGAAUGGUCAUAUACCAUCAUCACUUGGAAAUUUAUCUGUAGUUGAAUCAUUGGACCUUUCAUUCAACCAACUUUCAGGAGAGAUACCUAAACAACUCGCUUCUCUUACAUAUCUCGAAUUCUUAAAACUCUCCCACAAUCAUCUUGAAGGAUGCAUCCCUAAAGGACAUCAAUUUGCUACAUUUGAGAACAAUUCAUAUGAUGGUAAUGAUGGAUUGCGUGGAUUCCCUGUUUCAGAAGGUUGUGGAAGUAGUGGGAUGCCAAAGACAAACAAAACAACACACGUGUUGGAUCAAGAAAGCAGCUCCACAUUUCUAAGUGAAUUUAGGAAGACGGUUCCUAUGGGAUAUGGGAGUGGACUUAUUAUUGGACUCUCCAUAGCAUAUUUCAUGCUUUCGAGUCGAAAUUCCAAUUGGCUUUCUAGGAUCACUGAAGAACUAGAAUACAGAAUCGUUAUGAGAAGGCGAAAAAAGAAGCAGCGAGGCCGUCAAAGGCGGCACUAAAAAUUCAGUUAGAAGCUGUGAUUACAGGGCUAUGUGAUUUAAUAAUCUCGCUGUUUAACAAGUGAAAUAAAAGUCAGAUUUUAAGUAAACAAAAUUCAAACAUGCGGGUGCUUGGAGGACCAGUUGGUGAAAUGCUCAUUGGAGAUACAAUAUGAUGCUUAUUUUGGUGAUGGUGGAUUUGAUAUUUAAGU